UAUGUUAUCUCAAACAACAGCAACACUCAAACGCGUCCAUUGUUUUGGAGAGCAUUCCCGCAAAACAUCGCAAUUCACGCAUUCAUAUGGCUUUGGGAGAGAUCUAUAGAUUGAACGGCAAUCCAAGUGCUGUCCAUUGUUUUAAGGAAGUGCUCAAAGAGUCGCCGUUCGCGUUGACAGCGAUUCACCACUUGAUCCGAUUGGAUGUGAAGGUGACGGACAUCUUGAAUAUCGUGAACCCGGCGAUCGCCAGCACACCGGCCAUGGCUUGGCUGAGCACUUGGAUUCGGGCCCAAUCGGCCCUCCAAUCCAUACAAGUGUCGAAUGCGAUCGCACUGUUGCGCCAGUUGUAUGACAGCACACAACUUAAAGGCAACGUCGAGAUCAUCACCUCAUUAGCCGAAGCCUACUAUUAUAGCGGAGAUUAUAAGAAAGCCAUUCAAUACUUCAAGAAGGCCUUCACCGCCGACCCGAUGCUCAUCCGCGGUCUCGACUGCUAUGCGUCUGUUUUGGCCAAAGAGAACCAAUUGAAAGAAUUGGAGAAUCUGUCCAAUCAGUUGGUCCAGAGGGCGGAUUCGCUGGAAUCGGUGGCCGAGCCAUGGGUUGUGCUCUCCUAUUAUUGUUUUCUUUCUAAUAAAAAGGAAUCCAAAUCUUAUUUCUUUGCUCAAAAGGCCUGUACGCUAAGCAAUAAUUCAGUGGAAGCGUUGCUUCUGAAGGGAACCAUAUUAUCGGAGAGUAAGCGCUCGGAAGCGAAGACAUGUUUCCUGGAAGCGCAUAGCAAUGCUCCGCAUCGGUUCGAACCAAUCAAAUGUCUCACUGAAGUAUAUUUGGCCGAAAGUCAGAAACAAUUGGCCGCAAACAUGGCUAACGUGGCCCUCAAGACGUUGGGACACUCGCCCCGAACACUAACUUUAGUCGCGACUGUAUUUCUAACCGAUUCUGUAAACAAUGAGAAAUCAAAGGCUAAACAAGCGCUGGAAAGGGCUGUCAAACAGGACCCGACAUAUCUGAAUGCCGUGUAUUUACUUUCAAACCUAUAUUUAGAGGAUAAAAGUUAUGAUAAAGCCGUCGAAAUACUAAACAAAGCCAUAGAAAACAGCGAAUCCAACGUGAAAUUGCAUAAAAUCUUAAGCGAAUGCUAUACUGGAAGGAAUGAACACGAGAAGGCAUCCCAUCACCGAAGCAUUGUCUCUAAAUUAGAACUGAGUUAUCGUAACUCAAGCGAAGGCUCCCAACGACUGGAACAUCAGUCACAUAUAGCCGGCGAUAACGUGAGCUCAACGCUCGAUCUGGAGGUCGACGACAUCCCGCCCUCCGAUGAGGACGUGGACGAGAGUGAGACAGACGUUGUCUGGUCUGACGAUAACUAUAGUGUCACUUAAAAUAUCAUUCAUUUAUUAUUAUUUCUUACAAGUUAGUUGAAAAAAUACCAAACAUUAAGCUUUUAUAAAAUAUACAUUC